GGGGGCGGCGCGCCCUGCUGCCCGCCGCGGGCCCCGGGGCGCCGGGGCGCUGAGCAACAGUUGGCCCCGCAGCCGCCCAGCAUGAAAGUGUGCCGGCGGAAGGCGCUGGCGCUGUGCCUGGGCUACGCGCUCCUGGUGCUCCUCGCCGCUCUCAACCUGCUAGAGUACAAGUGGCGGCGGGAACCGCGGCGCUGCGGAGAGCCCCCGGCCGCCCCGCGCCACCGUCCCCCGCCGCCGCCGCCGCCGCCGCAGCCGGCCGGGAGCCGCGGUCCGGCGGGCGACCGGCGGCAGCUGGUCUAUGUCUUCACCACCUGGCGCUCGGGGUCCUCCUUCUUCGGGGAGCUCUUCAACCAGAAUCCCGAGGUCUUCUUCCUCUACGAGCCGGUGUGGCACGUCUGGCAGAAGCUGUACCCCGGGGACGCCGUCUCGCUGCAAGGGGCGGCCCGCGACAUGCUGAGCUCCUUGUACCGCUGCGACCUCUCAGUCUUCCAGCUCUACAGCACGGCGGGCGCCGGCAAGAACCUCACCACGCUGGGCAUCUUCGGGGCGUCCACCAACAAGGUCAUCUGCUCCUCGCCCCUCUGCCCGGCCUACCGCAAGGAGGUGGUGGGCAUGGUGGAUGACCGGGUGUGCAAGAAGUGUCCCCCGCAGCGCCUCAGCCGCUUCCAGGAGGAGUGCCAUAAGUAUCGUACGCUGGUCAUCAAGGGCGUGCGUGUCUUUGACCUGGCUGUCCUCGCCCCGCUCAUGCGAGACCCGACCCUGGACCUGAAAGUCAUCCACCUGGUGCGGGACCCUCGGGCCGUCGCCAGCUCCCGCAUCAAGUCCCGGCAUGGCCUCAUCCGGGAGAGCCUGCAGGUGGUGAGGAGCCGGGACCCCCGUAUCCACCGCAUGCCCUUCCUCGAUGCCGGCCACAAGCUGGGUGGAAAGAAGGAGGGGGGUGGCGGUUCAGACUACCAUGCUCUGGGUGCUAUGGAGGUCAUCUGCAGUAGCAUGGCCAAGACCCUGCAGACUGCUCUGCACCCCCCUGACUGGCUCCAGGGCAACUACAUGGCUGUGCGCUACGAGGAUCUGGUGGUUGAGCCCAUCAAGACCCUGCGGCAGGUCUAUGGCUUUGUCAACCUGUCAGUCAGCCCAGAGAUGGAGAAGUUUGCCCUCAACAUGACCAGCGGCCCCGGCUACUCCUCCAAGCCCUUUGUGGUGUCGGCCAGGAAUGCCACCCAGGCGCUGAGCGCCUGGAGGACUGCACUCAGCUACCAGCAGAUCAAGCAGGUCGAGGAGUACUGCCACCAGCCCAUGGCCUUGCUGGGCUAUGAGAGGGUCAGCAGCCCCGAAGAGGUGAAGGACCUCAGCAGAACGUUGCUCAGGAAGCCACGGCUGUGACAGGGCAGCACACGCUUGGUGACCACCCUCAGUGGCUGCUGAGCCCCCCUCUCCAGGGAGAGGAGCCGCUCUGACUGGCUUGAGUGAGGGAGGGAGCUGGGGAAAGCAACCUGGUUUCUGAUUUCCUCCAAAGACUGCUGAAGGGUAACAUACAAUAAUGUGAUGAUUUCUUUCCUUUUUUUUAAUCCCCCCUCUUGCAUUGGGUCAGAUGCGAUUUAAAGAAAAAUAAAUAAAAUUGAACUGAAAAUAUGUGUAAAGCCCUUUUCCCCUUCUCUAAAAUGCCAGGCAGUUAUUCUGUACCAAAAUCUUGUUUAUGGAGUUCUUGUGGGUUUGGAGAUUGUUAUAAAAACUCUUGCACAAUUCCUAGCACAUCUUUAUCUCCCUUGGUGUGGAGGGGAUGCCCUUGGAAAGCAUAAUGCUGAAAAUCAGACUUUUGUAUGAAAGCAAAUGUUCAGACAUGAUAGUAAUAAAAAAAACAACAAUAAAUGAUAUUCAUUUUUAUAAUUACCUCAA